AUGGUGGCCUUUGGGCUGAUGGAUCAGUUCAUCAUGAUUCGGCUCGGCGACUUUGUGGACGCGACGCUCGGAGUCACGUUCGGCCUCGCGACGCUGUCGGCGGCGGCGGUGGGCCAGCUGUGCAGCGACACCGCCGGCGUGGUGUUUGGCAACACGAUCGAGUCCCUCGCGCAAAAGGUCGGAUUCGCAACGCCGCCGUUUGAGAUCUACAGCAAGCGCGCGCCGUCCUCGACGCACCUGGUGCGCACGCUCGGCGCCGCGUGCGGCGUUGCGUUUGGCUGUCUCCUCGGAAUGAGUCAGCUGUUGUUCAUGGAUCUGGAUCGGUCCGAGCGAUUGAAGAAGCAACAGCGUCUCGACGCGAUCUUCCAGAUGGUUGUGACGGACUGUCCCCAGCUGUUUGGCUGCGAGCGCGCGACGCUGUUUGUCUACGACAAGAGUCGCAACGAGAUCUGGUCCAAGGCGAUCUUUGGCAUCGAACACGCCACGCGCAUCGAGAAGGGCCGAGAUAAAUCCCUCACAACCUGGAUCCUCGAACACAAGCAACUGGUAAACGUCGGAGACGCUCAACACGACGUGCGCUUCAAUCCACAGUUUGACGCGAAACACAAAUCCUGUACGAGAUCCGUUCUCGCCGCUCCCGUUCUCGGGAAAGAUGGAGACGUCAUCGCCGUCCUCAUGUGCAUCAACAAGCAACCAAGAAGGGACACGGCUCAGCGGAACCGGCAGACUGGAGACGCCCAGAGAGAGGCCGAUGGUGGUCGUGACACGGAGGCGAGCCUGGCGUUCUCUGGUGAGGACGAAAGGGUGAUUCGAUUGCUGAGCAAAAACAUCGCAAUCUUCAUGGAAACGUUCGACUAUGGAGCCGCGGAAGACCAAAAAGUGAUCGCGCUGCCUUUCGCUGAAGACCAAGGCGCACCGCUCCCAGAGUCUGCGGCGCCCGUUUUGCUGGCGGGCGUCGUGGACUCCGAAGAACCAAUGGAGAAAAAGGCUUCGCGGGAACGCGAAAACGGGAGAGCAGCCGCGAGGGAGGGCACGGAGACGCAUUCAAAGGAAGCGCAUGCACAGGACCAACAUGCAAAGAAACAACAUGAAGAGAACCAGCAGGCACAGGAGGAAGAACGGAACAAAGAAGUGCAGAAAGAGCCCAACGAGAGGAAGAAGGAUACAGGAAGACGAAGAGAGGCGGAGGCGCCGUGGGGGACGGCGCUCGCUGUCUGGUUCGACCAGGCAGCCGACAAGGCGCUGGAAGGCAUAAAAGAACAUGCAACAGAGAAAUCCUCUCCAGGUAACCAAGAAGCCGUUCUGCUGUCGCGCUUUGACCUACCUCUCCUCGGCGCGCCUGUUCCCGACAAAGAGCCAGAGAAACCGAAAAGUUCGUUCUGGUUGUGGACAGGGAAAAGCGAGAAACAAUCCCCUAAAGCGCAGUCCUAG